AUGUCCUUCGACGGCAGCAGUCAACUGUGGACGUCGCUGUUACUGCUCUAUGCGUUCCUUGUGGUGUUACUGCCACAGUUUGUAUGCGGCGACGGAGUAGGACUGCCGCCAUACGAUGCAGAGUACGUCUAUCAGACAUCGCUGCAACCUCGGGCAACGACCUCUGCACCAGCUCCAAAAGAUACUUGUGGGUUUCUCUCUGGAGAUUAUGAUAUACCACUUACUUGUCAGAGCUCACGCACCUGUGCGCGAUUGAAUUCUUUCGUGGGAUGCUGUCUCCCGUAUAACUGCACCAAUAUUGCGACAACGUGCCGGGAUUACACGAGCUCUGAAACCUGCGACUCUGACAUAUCAUCCUGCACGACGACCGAGGAGCCACCAAAUACUUUGGACUGCUCGAGCCGGGCUCCAUACUGUGGACAGCUCCUGCUGGAAGGCGGUUCGACAGCGUGGAUAUGCACCACGAAGAAGAACUAUAUCAUGACGGUGCUCCGAGCGAGCAUCUCCAUCACGGUCGUCGAGACGGGGUCAACAAUUAUGGCUACAUCUUCUGCAGCUCCAUCCGCUGCUUCGGCGACGGGAAGGACCUCUACCGCAACACGUUUCACCCCCAGUUUCCCCGCGACUCCCCGUCAGCCCGCCUCGGAGAGCAUCGGCCCAGCGCUGUUUGGCGGACUGGCGAUAGGGAGCAUCGCGACCAUGGCUGCCGUGACCGUCGCCAGCAUCCUCCUCAUCCGCCACAAGCGCCACACCCAGUACCAGUCGGUGUCUCAAUCUGAUCCGAUCCGGUUGAGGGCGGGGAAUUGA